AUGCUUCAGGUGCGAACACAAUAUUUGACAGACACCGCUCUGCUGCAGUUGUGUACCCUUGGCACCGGACCGUUUUUUGUGGAUAAUGUUGGCGAGCUGCAGAUGCAAUCGAUUACGCUUCUUUCAGCAAUUUUCUCCCGUCAUGAUCACUGUCGGCAAAACAUAGUUCAGGUUUGUUUGAUACUGCUUGAUCCUUUCCAGCAUUCAGCAAUGGCUGGGAUUGAUAUCCUACAGCAAUAA